UGAGAACACUGGUUAAAUAUAGCACAAGCGAGCUGAGCUCAACAAAGUCAUUGCUGUAACACUGUGUGAAGAGACCAGAAGAGGGGAAAUACAAUCUGAGAACUAAACUGCCAAAGCCUAACACCACCUAGCAACAGUUGAAAAAACUUUUAAACAAAAGUCUGGGUGAGACACAGACAGAGUAUACCUCCUACUUCUCCUGCCUGGGAUUUCUGCGAGAAGCAGCUCCGGUCUUCUGUUCUCUACCUUGUUUCCUUCAUUACUUCAACUGCUGGUAGACCUAGAAAAGUGGGAAAAGUUUCUAUCUUUGUGCUCUCCUGAGCUGGAUCAUUCUACUCCUGUGGUAGUGCUGUGGGACAGGCUACUGUGAUCCUGCUGUGAUCUAAAGGAUACAUUCCUAGGUCCGUGUUGCUGACAGGGAGCAGCAGGGACCCCAGCCAGCCCAAGGCGGGAGCAGCAGAGCGAUGGCACAGGGACACCUCUACCCUCGACCCCCUCCUCCCCACUCCGGACCUAGAUUCUAGUGAAGCCCCUGCCCUGGGAGCAUCCCUCGACACAGGCAGGGAUGAGGUCCCGAAACCAAGGUGGAGAAAGCUCGUCUAACGGGCACUUCUCCAGUUCCAAGCCUGUCAUCAGCCACGCAGAGAAUGAAAAACUUCAGGAGGAUGCCAAGAAAAAGAACAAACCUCAUCGGAAGGAAGAUGAGGUCAUGGUUUCAGCAACUGUCAAACGGCACUCAAAAUCACCCGGUCCUAGUGAGCGAAAGAACAAGAAGUCCAUAGAGCUUUCUAAAGAAGACUUGAUAAAACUACUCAGUAUAAUGGAAGGAGAAUUGCAGGCAAGGGAGGAUGUGAUCCACAUGCUGAAGACAGAGAAAACCAAACCUGAAGUUUUAGAAGCUCAUUAUGGGUCUGCAACUCCAGAGAAUGUGCUUCGAGUGCUACACAGGGAUGCCAUCCUUGCCCAAGAAAAGUCUGUAGGGGAAGAUGUCUACGAGAAACCAAUUUCAGAGCUGGACAGACUUGAAGAAAAGCAGAAAGAGACAUACCGGCGCAUGCUGGAACAGCUCCUGUUGGCAGAGAAGUGCCAUCGCCGCACCGUGUACGAGCUAGAGAAUGAGAAACAUAAACAUACAGAUUACAUGAACAAGAGCGAUGACUUUACCAACCUCUUGGAACAGGAGCGGGAGAGGUUGAAGAAACUUCUUGAGCAGGAAAAGAUCUAUCAAGCCCGGAAGGAGAAGGAGCAUACCAAGAGAAUCAAUAAACUAAGAGAAGAACUAGUCAAGCUCAAAUCAUUUGCACUCAUGCUGGUGGAUGAAAGACAAAUGCAUAUUGAACAACUUGGUCAACAAAGCCAGAAAAUACAGGACUUAACCCAAAAACUAAAGGAAGAAGAAGAAAAGCUUAAAAUUAUUAGUGCGAAAACAAAAGAAGAUGGACAAAAACUGAUGAAAUUAGAGGCAGAACUUGAACAUAAAACAUCAUCAUUUUGUCAAGAACAUGAGGAGAUGACUGCUAAACUGGCUAAUCAAGAGUCACAUAAUAGACAACUAAGGCUCAAGCUAGUGGGGCUGACUCGCAGAAUAGAGGAGCUAGAAGAAACUAACAAAAAUCUUCAAAAGACUGAGGAGGAACUUCAAGAACUAAGAGAUAAAAUAGCGAAAGGGGAAUGUGGGAACUCUAGCCUAAUGGCAGAAGUGGAAAACCUCCGCAAGCGUGUGCUUGAAAUGGAGGGGAAAGAUGAAGAGAUCACAAAAACCGAAUCCCAAUGCAAAGAGCUGAAAAAUAAACUGCAAGAGGAAGAGCAUCAUAGCAAAGAGUUGAAACUUGAAGUGGAAAAACUGCAGGAAAGAAUGUCAGAAUUAGAGAAGCUGGAAGAGGCUUUCAGUAAAAGUAAGUCGGAAUGCACUCAGCUACACUUAAACUUGGAGAAAGAAAAGAAUUUGACUAAGGAUUUGAUAAAUGAGUUGGAAGUGGUGAAGACUCGAGUGAAGGACCUUGAGACAUCCGAAAGCAAGUUGGAAAAGGCUGAAAUAAGCUUAAAAGAUGACCUUACAAAGCUGAAGUCAUUUACUGUAAUGUUGGUUGAUGAGCGAAAAAAUAUGAUGGAAAAAAUAAAACAGGAGGAAAAAAAGGUUGAGGGCCUAAACAAGAAUUUUAAAGUUGAACAAGGGAAAGUUAUGGAUGUAACAGAGAAAUUGAUAGAAGAAAGUAAGAAAUUUUUGAAACUGAAAUCUGAAAUGGAGGAAAAAGUAUCUAGUUUGACAAAGGAAAGGGAUGAGUUAAUUGGCAAACUGAGAAGUGAAGAAGAAAAAUCAUCUGAAUUAAGCUGUAGAGUUGACCUAUUGAAGAAAAAAAUUGAUGGUAUGGAGGAAGUAGAAAGAGAAAUUACAAGAGGUCGAACUAGGAAAGGAGCAGAGCAUGGUUGUCAUGAGGACAACAAGAUUAAGGAACUUACCAUUGAAAUAGAAAGAUUGAAAAAACGUCUCAAACAACUGGAAGUGGUUGAAGGAGAUUUGAUGAAGACUGAAGAUGAGUAUGAUCAGCUAGAGCAGAAAUUUAGGACUGAGCAGGAUAAAGCUAAUUUUCUUUCUCAACAAUUGGAGGAGAUGAAACUCCAGAUUGCCAAAACGAAAGCAAUAGAAAAAGGUGAAGUGGUGAGCCAGGAGGCAGAGCUGAGACACAGGUUUCGUCUGGAAGAGGCCAAAAGUAGAGAUUUGAAAGCAGAAGUUCAAGCACUUAAGGAAAAAAUCCAUGAGCUCAUGAACAAAGAAGACCAGCUUUCUCAGCUCCAAGUUGAUUAUUCAGUUCUACAGCAAAGGUUUAUGGAAGAGGAAAACAAAAACAAGAGCAUGGGACAGGAAGUUUUGAACCUAACAAGAGAGCUGGAGCUUUCUAAGCGUUACAGCCGCGCUUUGAGGCCCAGCAUGAAUGGAAGAAGAAUGGUUGAUGUUCCUCUGACGUCCACCGGCGUGCAGACAGAUGCUCUAAGCAAUGAAGCAGCAGAAGAAGAAACUCCAGCGGUGUUCAUAAGGAAAUCCUUCCAGGAGGAGAAUCAUAUCAUGAGCAAUCUGCGACAGGUAGGUCUGAAAAAACCCAUGGAACGUUCUUCAGUGCUUGAGAGAUAUCCUCCGGCAGCAAAUGAGCUUGCUAUGAGGAAAUCCUGGAUACCAUGGAUGAAAAAGAGGGAAACUGGGGCUCAUACAGCUCCUGAUAAAGGAGCCCGAACCCAUAGUAGUCCAGCACAUCCCGGGGAGGUUGUCCUUUCACCAAAGCAAGGUCAACCUCUUCAUAUUCGGGUGACACCAGACCAUGAGAACAGUACAGCAACUUUGGAGAUAACCAGUCCAUCCGCAGAGGAAUUUUUUUCAAGUACCACUGUCAUUCCUACUUUGGGAAAUCAGAAGCCACGAAUAACCAUCAUUCCCUCUCCAAAUGUUUUGCCACAAAAAGGAAAAGGCAGUGAAAGUCCCAUGGGCCCAGAUCGUUCCAUGUCUCCAGUCACUAUAACAACAUUCUCCAGGGAAAAGUCCCCAGAGGGAGGGAGGGCACCCUUCGCUGACAGACCUGCAUCGCCAAUUCAGAUCAUGACAGUAUCGACGUCUGCAGCGCCAGCAGAAAUCUCUGUCUCUCCGCAGUCACAAGAUAUGACCAUGGGCAGGGCUGUUUUCAAAGUCACACCAGAAAAGCAAACUGUCCCGACUCCAAUCCGCAAGUACAAUGCCAAUGCCAACAUUAUUACAACAGAAGACAACAAAAUCCACAUCCACUUGGGUUCCCAGUUUAAACGUUCUCCCAGUGCCACGCCUGACGGCGCGAGCCCCGUGAUAACAGUCCGACCGGUGAACAUCGCGGCAGAGAAAGAGGUGGUGACUGGUACUGUCCUUCGAUCACCUCGGAACAACCUGUCCCCGCGACCUGCAGCCGCCAGCAAGGUGACAAGUACUAUCACCAUAACGCCUGUUACAACAUCUUCCACUCGAGGAACACAAUCAGUGACAGGACAGGAUGGGUCAUCCCCGAGACCUACACCCACCCGAAUUCCUGUGUCAAAAGGUAUGAAAGCAGGAAAGCCAGUAGUGGCAGCCCCAGGAGCAGGAAAUGUGACAAAAUUCGAGCCUCGUGCUGAGACUCAGUCUAUGAAAAUAGAACUGAAGAAAUCUUCAGCCAGCAGCUCUGCCUCCCUGGGCGGGGGUCAGGGCUGAUGGCAGUGGCUCAGGGGGUACGUUUUGCAGGUUUUACUGCUGCCAUGGAAGUCAGUUCCCCUGUCUGUGUAGUUAUUCACGUUUGCCUGUACUAGCAGCUGUCACUUAACAACAAACUAAUAAGUGUGUGCACUGACUACUUAAAUAACAAAAUACUUUUGUUUUCUUACUCAAGUUAAAAAAAAAAAAAAAAUGCUGUCAAAAAGGCAAUUUUAUGCCAGGAGGGUUUUCUGUCUAGGAAGUGAGAAUGAGGUAACUGCACUAGAUUAUUAAUCUAGUUCAGGAAUUCUUAAUGAUAGACUUGGUCACUUUUUAGUAGAUCAAAGGAGGUUUGGUCACUUUUACUAGAUUGUUUUCCACCUUAAUGGAUCACUUUUCACCUUUGCUGCUGCACGGUCUGCUUUCCUUCCUGCCUUGAUCACAUUGUUGAAAUGCCACACGGCCUAGGGAAGCAAUGCCAGAAGACUUGCCAUGCGCACUUGAGGUCCUGUUUUAAUGAAAGCCAGUACCUCGUGUGUGGGAGGGGAAGAGAGGAAGGAUGGGCACCAUGUGGCCUUCUCUCUAGGAGCCUCCAAUCAAAAUCACUAUUUCUCAGUGGUGAGCUGCUUUCUCAAGAUAACUAUCUAAAUUCAGGGGCAUAGGGAUGUUGCACAAUGUUUUUCAGCAAUUAAUUCUUCCAGAAGAGUUAACAUUUGUAGACAACACUUAGAACCAGGUCCCUGACUUACAAACACUGGAAUACUGCUAGCUCAGGGCUCAGAUGAAGGCUUGUGAGCCAGAAGGUGUUUAGUCCUCAGCAAAAGCUUGAGAAACACUAGCUGGCAAAAAUUAAUACAAUUCAUUUGUGCCUGCUCCAAAGACCACUAAAGGCUAUGAAGCAACUCAUUCCAUUGGUUUUCGGUUUUCCUGAUUGGGUCUUAUGUUUAAACCUUACUUGCCAAGCAUCCUUAUGUCUUAGAGGCUAAGUCAGCACAGCCUGAUGGUAGCAGGAAUUGCUAUCUAAAGGCAUAGCUCAGGUACAGAUAGUGAAAGAGAGAGGGUUUGGUAAGGAAAUUACUCUCAGUUUUCCGUUGUUUUAAAAUAUUUUGUCAUAAAAUGCAGACCACCUUACAAUACCAUGAUGAUUCAUCAUUUUUCCUUCCCUCUUUGUGAUUUCCUCAUCUGUAUGUUUGCAUUUUUUUAAGCAUGUUUUAAGAAAUUUUUCCAGCAUGGAAAUACUGUGGAUGCUGAUGAUUGUUAUGAUUAUUUUUUAAUAACAGUAGAGUUAUUAAAACGCAUUUCCAUUAAGCGGUCAAUUUUCACAGAAGAAAGUCGGAACCAAAAGAAAUGAAGCUGACCAGAACAAUAAAUGAUGGGUUUAAAGCGGUAUAAUGCUUCAACCACCUCAGCAAGUUAUGAAGGGUCCAGUGGUUAAAACAGAAAGCAAGGUGGUCAGACCACCAAUAAAUUAUAAACGAAAUUCACAGAAAGGAAAAUGCACUGGUGGGUGAAAUAUGAAAUUUGGCCUGGGAGAAGAUAUUUGAUGGAAGAACUCUGUCACUGAACGUCAACAAAAUUCUAUUCAAUCCAAGUAAUGUUUAGUUUUCCAUCUGCUUUGCAUUGCUCUCCAAUGUCAGACCCAAUAUUUACAAUUAUCCCAUUGUAAAGCGGCAUUUUAUUAUUCACAUAAAGGGCAUUUUUUCUUUGCCACAUAAAAAAAAGUAGGUUUUAGUUUUUUACAUGUGUAGCACCUAAAAUGCCUGUUAAUUUUAAGGUUCUAGUUCCUAUGACAUUCAAAAAUCAGAUUAGUAUUAGUAGCAUUAUUUCAUAACGUGUAUUUCCAGCACUUCAGAUAAAACUUGGAAACUGGAAUUAGCAAGCAAUGUGAGUUAAUAUGUCAGAAAUACAUCUGAUCCUCUCAAGGAAUUCUUAUCACUUAAAAGCCUCAGUAUGUCAAUAAAAUGUUGCUGAGAUCUUACUGUUCUUUUUGUAACACAGACUUUUAAACAGAUAUUUCAAGGAGAAAAAUGUCUUUUUUCUGCAUAUUCAAUUUAAAUACUGUUACUGAAGGAAGCUGUAAGGUCAAAACAGUCAAAUAAUACUGCAAACAUGAUCCCCAAGCCAAUGUAGCUUGAUACAGCUGCCUAAAGCCUUCCUUGUGUCAAAAAAACUUAGUUCCUUAGUUAACUGUCACCAUACUCAAUAUUCUAUGUGUGCCUGUUGUUGAAAAUUUUGGUUUUGUUUGAAGUCUAAGAAACUAAUUCAUCUGAAAAAACAAGCCAGCCUCACAGUACCUGAAAUCUAGGGCACACAGACUGGCACAGUUAGAGCCAGAAUUGCAGGCAGGAGUUGCUCCUGGAGAGUCAGUAGGAUUAGAUGAGACAGGCUUCCGAAAUUCCAGAGAGGUCAGACUUAGGAUCCUGUUAUUUUUCCCCAGGGGCUGCACAACAAAACAAGACUUUUGCUCUGCAGCAGAAGUCUAAAGAGUUGGAAUCAGGCAGCUGGUUAAACUGUUAUCUAAAACCAGGUAUUUUGUUAUACUCAAAUCUUUUGACAUCUGUUUUAAUUGAUCUAAUAUUCUUGUUUCCUGAAGGUAGAAGAAGGGUAAGAUGAAGAGAAAAGAAAGCCUAUAGUUCAGAAGUCUUAAAAGUUCAAGCCUAUUUGUGUUACACUGAAAUUUCCUCUGAAUCUGAAGACAGUUAUGUUUAGUGACUACAGUAAGAUUCUCCAUUCAGUAGGUCAGCUCCAAAAGGCAAUUUAAACAACCAAAUCUAAAAACAAUGCAUAAGCCCAAGAGGCAUCCUUAAGAUCUUCCUGAUGUUCUUCCACAGACCUUAUCUAGCCAGUGUUUCUGUUACAAGUUAAAUGUAGCACUGCAGCCACUGUACUUCACACAGAUCCAUAAUGCAGGUAUUCUUGUAUUUCCUCUGAGGCUUUUAAGUCAAGUCACAAUUUUAUGGUCACUUAAAGUCAGGAUAUAACUUCACACUGGGCUGAAAAGCUGUACUCCUGGCUUUGUCACCUACAGCCAAGAAAGUACUCACUGACUAUGUGGUUGUCCUUUGAACUGGUGCAAGUGUUUGAAUUUAACCGGGGAACUGAUCUGAAUUAAAAGGAAUCCGGCAAAAAAAAAAAGCUAAAGGUUGGGUUUAAUGUAACUUAGUGCUCGACUCACAGGCCAGAAAAAGAAAGAAGGAGGGCACAAGGAAACCAGUUGGCUUUUUAGAGUGACUGUAGGAUCAUGAAUGCCUUCUAAUAGAUCAAAUACCACACAAACGCUGGGGUAGUGCUGCUUAUUUUCAAAAGCUUUUGAUUGAAACCUUUAUUCAAAGGUAGGAGACAGUAUCUGAGGAGACUCAAACCCACAUCAGUUGCAGGCAGGUUCACUAGUGGCACUGACAGCUGAGGAGGAAGAAGGUGUCAUUCUCAUUCCCUCCUGGAAAGGCUGUGCUGUUCUGCAUGGAGUGCUUCAGUAUUCACUGAGCAGAAACAAGGGAGUGGUUGAGGGGUCAGGAUAUUGAACUAGGAAGGAGGCCCCUCCAGAUGUGUGUCCCUGUUCCGAAGGCUGCCUUUGAGCCUGGUCUGGUUGAAAAGGAGGCUUAUAAGAUGAAGUGUCUGUGUUCAUCCAUCCUUCCAUCUCUCCUUCCCUAAUGAAUAACACUAAACAACCAAUUUCAUGCAAACCUGACAGAGCCAUAGGGAUCUCCAGAAUAAGAAGUUUUUCCAGAUUAAUGAAAAGGAUGGCAGAGAAGAGGAGCAAGACCUUAGCAGUGUCUCACUGUGUGGAAGAGCAGGGCAUGAGCUCACCUUCAUACAGGAUCAAAGAAUGAACACAAGAGUGAUGUCACAAAUGCCACAAGGACAAGCUUUGUCCAGACCUCAAUUUUUACCAUGCACCAAAGAAUCAAACUCUGACACAUCAAUCCAAAGGAUAAUAUUAGGGAUUUACAGGGCAUAUGUUUAUUCUCCAUUACUGGAUUAUAGUGCAUAAUAAACUAAGCCUUCCUAAAUGAUCAUUUGGAGUCGCUCAUCCUCAUGCUUUCUCUCUCUUAACUUUUUUUGGUCAUUUUAUUUGGGUUUUUUUUUUUUUUUUGGUUUUUGUAAUGAAGUGGAACAAUUCAAGUAGCAAAAUAAUGCACUCAGAAUCAUAAUGAUAGUUAGAAUGCUUUGUAAGAAACUAAGAUGACUGUGUAAUCUUUGUACUUUUAGUCAUAAUCAAUGUCAGCUGGAGAGAAGCCCUGUUUUGGCUGAUGACAUGGCCAUAUAAGCAGUUGUGAUAACUCAAGCCCAGCAGUAGUAAUGCAUGGCUUAGCCCCAGCAGUAAGGUGGAGAGGGUGAAUAGCAGGGAAGAUUCCAGCCCAUUCAUGAGCAGCACACAUGGACUGAGAAGGUGCUCCCUCAGUUCUCCAGAUGAUCUCUCUGAUUUUAAGUCUAGUUCCUAACAAGUUUUCUACUGUGUUCCCUCAGUUAGAUCCCAUUGCCUGACUUACUGCUACAUAGGGGUAUUGCUAAUGUAGUCAUCAGUAGAUACAUACAUUUGAGUGUGACUGAAAAAGGAGUACAGAGCUUCAACUGUAAUGCCUAGAGGGAUUUCUCUCAGAAUAGCAAACAUCCUAAGCAAAUGGUAGAAGAAAAAUAGAGAUUUUUAUUUACUUUGGUUACCGUUUUUUCUUUUGUGACACCCGUUAGUGUGAUUUUUGAAAACCCAAACACUUUGUGACUCUUUGUAAUAUGCCCAUAGAGUACACGUCACUGUAUUUAAACCUCAAACCACUUACAGCACAUAGUAAUUGCCACCAUGUGAGUAAUCUCAAAAGCCACAUUAAUAUCUUGAUCCAUGCCAACAGGAUGCCAAGUCAUAUGUCACUGCUUGAAAUAUGCCAUGCAGAUUCUAAAAUAUUCUCAAUAUUUACAUGAAUAUUCAGUAAUGUUUAUAUGAAUAUUUAGUAAUUCUGAUCAGAUGUGGAAGAGCAGGUCUGUAAUAAAGUAAGCUACUAUCCUGCUGGGUUUCAGGUACUUGGCAUAAGCUGCAACAGUCAGGACAAUUUUCAGACCAAUUAUAUGUUCCCAUCACACAUCAGUGGCCAAUUUCAUUGAGUUGCUUUGAAACACAGUUUGCUGGCAGGAGUUUUUGUGAGCUCAUCUUUUGAACUUGCUUUCAUUUAGGAGAAUGGUUUUCUCCUCUCUGUCAGUGUGAGUUAUCCUCUUUCUCUUAAUUUUGCUUGAGCUCUCUUGGCCAAAAUUAUAUGCAAUAUUUUUCAUUAUAGAUAUUAAUUUCACUUUGAAUCUUACUCUCUACACAUUGCUCUUACCUUGUUUUUUUUUUUUCUUAAAAUGUAAGCAGGGUUAACUAGUGUCAUGUGCAGAGCUAUCAGCUCUCGGGUAUGAAACACUCAGGUGUGAAUGGUUCCCUAAACAAAAAAAAAACCAAAACAACCCUCCCCUUGGGAUUUUAAAAACAGAAAUACUGAUGUAUGAUUCUCUUCUGUUGCUUGGGUGUGCAUUGUCUGUGGUACAUUCAUUUUUGUAUUAUCUGGUGAUACUUGUAUAUAUUGUAAGGAGAAAUUAAACUUUAUGUGUUAAAAUGUCA